CAGACUCACGUGUGGCAUUGAGAGACAAGAAAGCAGAGAAACCAAAGGUAGAUAUGUUGUAUGAUUAAUAGAGGGCGUUCACAAGAAGAGAAUUAACAGUAAGAAGCUACCAUCGCCUCUCAGCAUGUCUUUGUCCAAGCCGGAGGAGCAGCUUGUUCACGAGCUGAGCUGUCCCAUCUGCCUUCAGUUCUACUCCAACCCAGUGGUUCUACCCUGUGGGCACAACUACUGCCGAGCUUGCAUCUCCAAGUCCGUGGACGUCACGGACAAGUGUGGCGAAACGCUCCCACGUUGCCCGGAAUGUCGUGAGGAAUUUGAGGGUGCGGGCUCCCUCCAGAAGAACUUCAAACUCUGCGGCAUCAUUGAGGGUUACCAGGCCACCAUACAGCAUCUAGACAGGCAGUACGACACUUUGCCCCAGACCAUGGAAGUUCUCUGCGACUACUGCAUCGACCAGCCAGCGUUGGCUGUGAAGUCCUGCUUGAAGUGUGAGGUGUCCCUGUGCUCCAGGCACCUUCAGAGACACCAUGAGAAGGAGUCAUUCAAAAUGCACGCCGUGGUGGAGCCUCUGAAUGAGCUGGGGGUGAAGGGCUGCGCUGUCCACCAGCAGCAACUUGAGUACUUCUGUUCCAAUGACAUGACCUCGCUGUGCAGCACAUGCAUCACACAGGGCCAUCACCAGAACCAUGAUGUGCUCACCUUCAGCGUGGCCGAAGAAGAGAUGAGGCGGGCACUGGCGAGCCGCAAUAAGCUUGUGUCCUGCAGGCUGCAGAUGGCCGAGACUCUCCUUCAGAAAACAGCAGAGGAGCAGGGAGCCUCCGAAGCCAUAGGUGACAAACUGAUCAACAAGGCUGUCUCACUCAUGGACAGUAUGGCUGCACUCGUGGACAGGUACAGGGAGCGUCUGCGUGUGCUUUUGGAGGAGGAGAGAGGCCAGCGCAGGAAUAGCUGGCAGCUCGGAGUGAGUGCACUGGAAGAGCAACAGCAGGAGUUACUGGAUGCCCAGCGAAGUGCAACACAGGCCCUGAGUGAGACUGACCCAUGCAUCUUCAUACACAGGUUCCUGACAAUUGAAAAUCAGAUGAGAAAGGUUGUGGAAGUCACCGUUCCCUCAACACUCCCUUCAAAGGCACCGCUCAGCACCAGGCGUGUCCUGACAGGCCUCAAAACCCAAGACUUCCGCUCAGAAAUUACCCGCUUCCUGGAUUCUCUUCACAUCAUCCUCAACCCGCUGGACCUCUCCUUCAACAUCUUCAGCGCCCAUCCCAGCCUGAUCGUGUCCAAUGAUCUGCGUACGGUCAAGUACAGCUCCAGCAAGCAGCCGUACCCAGAGCACCCGGAGCGUUUCACAAGUGCACCACAGGUUCUGUGCAGCCAAGGUUUCUCAAGUGGUGAGCACGUAUGGGUGGUGGAGGUGGGGGCCAACAGCAUGUGGUCACUGGGCGUGUGUUACAAGAGCAUCCCGCGCCGUGGGGACCACAGUCGUCUGGGACACAACUCUGUGUCCUGGCGACUGCAGUGGAAAAACGGCAAGCUGACAGUGUGCCAAUCCUCCUCUAAUGUGGCUCUGGGAGAAACGUCUAUCCAACCGCUGAGGAUUGAGGUAGCGUUGGACUACGAGGGGGGCACGUUAUCGUUCCACAGCACCAAAGGGCGCAGGGAUCACCUGCAUACCUUCAGGGCUGUGUUUAGGGAGCCAGUUUACCCAGUGUUUGGUAUUCAAUCAAACACACCAGAUUCCUGGAUCACUCUGAACAGUGGGAUGUGAAAUGUCAAUUUCUAAAUACUUUCCUUGCAUAUUUGUCUGUUCAACCAAGUAAACUGGCCUAAGUCCUGAGGUGGAGGAAUUUCUCAAACAACAAAGGUACAAAUAAAUAGACUAAAAUGUUCUCAAGUAAAAGAAAAAUUACCAUAGACAUUUUCUAUACCUGAGUUAAAGUAAGUGCUGUUAAAUGUAGUUAAAGUAUUACAAGUACAAGGACUUGCUGAGUGAAGCCUGUUAUCUGAUGCAAAACUCUACUUUAGAUGUUGGUUAAGCAGUGAUGCUACCGCUGCAGUGGGAGGGUUCUAAUGUUACGUGCACGCUCUGAUUGGAUCAGUGAUCUUAUUAUUUAUUAAUUAAAGGGUUAGCUGAUAAGGAGUAAAAGUGAAAAGUACCUGAAAAUAAAUCUACUUAAUAUGCUAUAAACCAUUUUAUGAUGCCAUGCUAUUAAAAUGUUUAUUUACUAUUAAGCAUGACUGCAAUACAAAAAUUACUAAUCAUAUGAGAUCAUUUGUUUACAAUAAUUAUUUUUGUUUCUCAUGAUCAGGUUAAUUUAGAUGCGGUUUUGAUCUGGUUCCAAGUCCUCUCCCACAUUACAGUAAACGCCUCUGUCUAAAUUACUCAGAGCGAGAUCAUUACAGACCUAUUUCUACUUUACCUUUCCUCAGUAAACUUCCAUGGAAAAAUUUUCAUAACCAACGUCUUGUUUGUUGAACCAAUAACAGCAUUUUAGAAAAGCAAACCGCAGCACUGACACAGCACUGACAUUUGUAAAAUGACCUGAUAAUCAGAGUGGGUGUGUUAAAGUGGCUGUCAGUCUCCCUCAAAUUUCAGUGCAGCUUUUGAUGCGAUCGAAGAUUUUAAUUGACCAACUUGAGAAAUGGGUUUACUUGGAUGCUCGUGAUCUGUGUAAUUUCCAUGCUUCCACUGGGGAACAUCAUUACAUCAUUUGCUGACAAUACACAGCUUUUUUUUUCAGGGAACUGGAUUCUGUUAUUGCCUACCUCAUGGCCAGGAAUGCAUGAAUUGGUAAAAGCUUUUAAAAUCGAAAUUAGGAUAUAAAAAAACAGCGGUAAGCAACUUUUAACAGGCCCCCAAAUAGCAAGAUAAUACCUAUUCUAUGUUUGAUAGUCUCAGCAAAUUGAUACACAUUCUCAUUUUAACAAGGUCAUUAAAAUAUAAUUUUAAAACUCUUUAAGUCAGAUUUUUUUAAACUCAGAUGGUACAAUGCUCAUUUAAACUUAGCAAUUUAGACUUUUUUAAUUCCCCUUUUAACCUUAUUGCUAAAAAGUCAAAAAGAAAGCAUAAUCUAUUUCAGAAUGUUAUCUGUAUCUUUGAGAAUUGAUUUUAAAUUGAUUUCAUUUGUUUAUAAAUAAUCUUACUAUUACCUACAACUUUCCUUUUAUAAUGACCUAUGCCCUAACUGAAGAAAGCCUAAAUGGCUGACAGAUGCAAUGGAGGGUGCUGUUUGUUUCCGCAUUUUAAUAAUGUUCAUGUUACAAUCAAUAAAAAGACUUGUUUUCAUUAUGAGAUCAUUACACGAUUGCAUUAUGAAUUUUUGCAUACAACAUACAAAAAUCUAUUUACACUAUUCAUGUUUCAUCCUAUUUUCUAAUUUGUAUUAACAUUUGAUUAAUGUCCAUUGCACAACUUGAAAAUCAAAUGUAACAGUUUUUAUAUGGUCAAGGUUAAAAUAAA